GACAGGAGGGAUCCGUGGGGUCCUAAGACCUACAACUUUUUUCCCCUCUCCCAUGCUCUUUUCUUUCUGCCUAGUGACUUCCUUCUGUCGCCUUGUAAUCUCUGUUUGAGAUCAGGUGCUCCUUAUGAAUUAUUUUCUGCAGAUUCUAGUACCUAAUAAAUGUGGCUGGGUGUUUGAAAAAUCCCAUAGUUUACACAUCUACUCAGAAGUACACGUCUUUAUGUUUAAUGGAGUUUACUCCCAGAUCAGAACGGAGUGUUGGAGAUCUGCCUGUUUUUCUACCGGAACGUGAACAAGAUGGCUGAGAGCUCCAAACUCCAGCUGUUUGUCAAGGCAAGCGAUGAUGGCGAGACCAUUGGCCAUUGCCCCUUCUGCCAACGCCUCUUCAUGAUUCUGCUCCUGAAAGGGGUACCUUUUACUCUCACUACAGUGGAUACGAAGAGGUCCCUGGAUGUGCUGAAGGAUUUUGCCCCAGGAGCACAGCUUCCUGUCCUGUUGUAUGAUGGGGAGCCCAAAACAGACACACUCAAGAUUGAAGAGUUUCUGGAGGAGACCCUCGGACCUCCAACUUUCCCAAGCCUGGUGCCCAGGUACAAAGAGUCUAGCGUAGCUGGAAAUGACGUCUUCCACCGUUUCUCUGCCUACAUCAAGAAUCCAGUGCCUGCUCAGGAUGAAGUCCUGCAAAAGAACCUCCUCAAAGCUCUCCUUAAGCUGGACAGGUACUUGAACACCCCCCUGGAACACGAGUUGGUGAAGGACCCCCAGCUCGCUGUCUCCCAGAGGCGGUUCCUGGACGGUGACCAGCUGACCCUUGCUGACUGCGGUCUCUUACCCAAGCUCAACAUUGUUAAUGUCGUGUGCCAGCACUAUCGGCAGACAGGCAUCCCCAAGGAGCUGUGUGGCGUGUGGCGCUACCUCAACAGUGCUGCAGAUGUGAAGGAGUUCAAGUACACCUGCCCCAACAGCAAGGAGAUCAUCCAGGCCUACCGCACCGUGGUCAGGCCGCUCAAGUAGAGAGUGGUGUUGCUCCUUGGGCUGGCUGGAGGAAAUGGCCAGUACACCGCCCGCCCCCCCACUUGGCUGACUGGCUCUGCCCUCUUUCUUCACCAUCGGAGCUACCACACUUAAGGGACUCUCACUGGCCAAGAUGGGAAGAAACUCUGAUUUCACUCUGCCAUGCAGGCGCCCUCCAAAGCCCAGUUGCCAUUUAGCAUCUUGUCCUUAAGCUGAAACAACCCUCCUGGCAGUAGCCUCUGGCAGUCCCAAACUCAGGUUGCUUCAGAAUCAAUGACUAUUGACUGCUGAGGUCAUGCUGUCCUUGGCAAUGCAGCCUGGCUGCUGGCUUUCGUCACCACAGGCCUUCAGGUCUUGCUCACAGAGGACUUUAUCUUAUCCAGGCAGAGCAUCGUACCUCCUCCCUCAGCCAACACUUUCGGCUUCAGCCACAAGGACUGACCAAGAGGGGACCCUUGACAUAGUGGAGACCUUAGCCCUUUCCUCUGCCUUACUGCAAUUCCACCGAGUUUGAGGCCACCUUAACAGCAUUAUCAGCUCGACUUCAUGUUGAACAGCAAGGUCACACACGAUCCGCAUGCUCUCUCACAGAAUACCGUUCCAGGAGGCUUGCUACAGCCCUAGCCUGUGUUGACAUUGGAAGCAAUCUCAAGCUUUUCUGAACUGGCAGCUUUUCAGUAGGUGGAGUAAAUUUUAAAGGUGGGCUUGUAUUUUUAAAACUUUCAUGGUAGUUGUGUCCCCUUUCUUUUUGGUAUUUUUAAAUAACAUAGUUACUCAACUGGAGCUAUCAGGGUGUAACAGACAUUGCGAAUUUUCCUCUGUCAGAGAGGCAUGGCAGUUAAACUGAUGCAAAAGCAGACUUAAGAUUGCCACCUCUCUGGGGAAAAAUACUCUAUGCUGAUGAGCAUUCACAACAUAAAUGCAUCUCUGCCAGAUGUUAACCCAGCAGGUAGAACUUAUUCCCAGCAUGCUAAACUGCAGACAACAUCUGUAUUCCACCAACCCCCCCCCCAAAUAAAUGGCUGGUUGUAGCUAAUUAUGUCCCCAACUGCAAUUUAAGCUGAUGUCUCAAGAAAUCCUGUGAAUGUAGAAGCCACUGUUUAAAAGCAGAUUUUUUGGACUACACUUCCCAUCAGUCCCAGCCACCCAGCAUGUAGUCCAAAACAUCUGAUGGCCACCAUGUCGGCUAAGGGUGGGUUAAAGCCUCACCUCAACCACAAACUCACCAAUAAAGUGACCUUCAAUAAAGGCUUUAUUUUUUUUCA